AGACCUAUCCACUCCCCCGUGCCGCAACCCGGCUAACUUCCCAGCCACUGCUUGCGGCCCCUCCAGCUCGGGAAAAAACCACCGACGAGCCACCGCCACGCGACGCCCCCUCCCUCUCCAUCCCUCCGCCGACCGGCCUGCCGCGCGAGGCCGGGCCUGGGACACGGAGCACCCCGCCCGUACCCAUGCCGUAACUGCCAACCCAGCCGCAGCCGCAUCGCCGCGCACACAUGCACUUCCCCUCGCCGCGCGCGCACGCCAUGGCCGCGCCGGCCGUCGCCCGCCCUCGCCUCGUCCCCGUGGCCCAUCCCGCCUCAACCUCUUGCCUGCUGGUCCUCCGGGGCCGAGGGCGCGGGCACGGCCGCGCUGUUGCAGCGGUGAGGGCGCGCGAGCAAGGCGCGGCGCCGCCCGACCCCGCGGCCUUCCUGCGGCGGCCGGAAGUAGUGACUGUGACGUCGACGGAGGAGGAGAGGGAGACCGAUGCGGAAUCCUCGUUUGAUGGCCCGGGGGAGGACGAGGCGCCCGGAGAGGAGGAAGGGGUCCAGGGGAGGAGGAAGGCGACGGAGAGGGAGUGGGUGGACUGGGAGGAUCUUAUCCUCGAGGACACCGUGCCGCUCGUCGGCUUCGUACGGAUGAUCCUCCACUCCGGCAAGUAUGAAAGUGGUGAUCGGCUGAGUCCUGAACAUGAGAAGGCAAUUCUGGAACGUUUGCUUCCAUAUCAUCCAGAAUAUGAUAAGAAAAUUGGAUGUGGUAUUGACUACAUCACGGUAGGAUUACAUCCAGAAUUCGAAAACUCAAGGUGUUUAUUCAUAGUUAGGAAGGAUGGUGAGCAAGUUGAUUUUUCAUUCUGGAAGUGCGUCAAAGGUCUCAUCCGACAAAAGUACCCCAUGUAUGCGGACAGUUUCAUUCUCAGGCAUUUCCGCAGGAGACAAGAUUACUGAAGUAGUUGCUCGUAUGGUUGUUUCAGUGUAACAUUUCUAUGAUAUUGAUUUUGUCCAGGCCUUUAAUAUCAUAUAGUAUGCGAUUUUUGCAGUUGUUCAAA